UUGUGUAUUUUUUCUCAGUCGCAAAAUUUAAUAUAAUGCAAGAAAAAAUGUGAUCGUUUAAUAAAACAAAAAAAUAGAUUAAAUAUGUUAAACAAGUGUAAAAUAUGACCACAAAUAAUAUUCGGAAAUAUUAAUAGUAUUUCUUUGUUUAAAAAGAAAAUUGUAACAAUAGCAACAAAAAAGAUGAGUUCGAGUUGUGAAAGAAUAGAAUGGGUGGAAAUAAUCGAACCACGUACCAAAGAGCAUAUGUAUGCCAAUCUUACUACUGGGGAAUGUGUCUGGGAUCCUCCUGAGGAUGUGCCAAUUAAACGGACCGAUUCAUCACAGUGGUGGGAAUUAUUUGAUACAAAUACGCAGCGUUUUUACUACUAUAAUGCUGCUACACAAAAGACUGUCUGGCAUCGACCGAGCAAGUGUGACAUCAUUCCGCUAGCGAAAUUGCAAACAUUGAAACAGAACACUGAUCCAAAUGAUCGCAAAGAGAGCAGCACACAAACCCAAUCACCAAAAACCACAGCUGCAAAUGCAAAACUGCGUGCAUCACAACGAAACAGUGGUGGACGAGAUGCAGCCGGUCAUGUGUUGCCAACAUAUAAACGUGGUAGCGGUAAUAGUUGUAGCAAUGCUGGGGUAUUGACCGUGCAUGCUAGCUCAGAAGAGAAGCUUACAUCUGAAUUUAUAUCUAGUCCACGUGGGCGUCAGAGUUUUCGAAUUGGGAGUAGUGGUGAGUCACGUUCAAUUGACAUGCAACAAUUCUCAAGACGGUCACAAGAUUCGUGCAAUCAUUAUAAGGAGUCGGGUAAAUCAAGCGAUUCCAGUUUAUCUAGUUUGCAUGGCUAUCGGCGUAUUAAUGAUGGUACUGCUAAUGAAAGUUUACGCUUGGGCUCACUUCAAAAACAUCGCGGUCGCAAAGAAGGCGGCUUUGAUAUGUUGCAAGAGAGUGUAAGUUCGCACAAUUUACCGCAUGCAUCAUCUUUUGGUGGUAGCAGUAGUGUCGCUGUAGGUGACAAAUAUUACGAACAUCAGCUUUUGCCAACACACAUGCAAGGUUAUUGCUCCUCUAAGUCAUCUGAUAUAGCAUCACCUACUCAUUCAAUACAUACACCCCAGCCAAAGAAAAAAAUCUCUCCAGAUGCAGGCUCAAUUCAGCAAUACUCUUUCUCGCGUGCUGCUGCGUCACCAAUUCAGAAGCAACAGCAGCAACAAACAUCACAGCAGUUGCAACCGCAUCAUUCAAGAGUUAGUAGUAGUAGUGGCGGAGGUAAACCAUCACAAUAUGGCUUGGAUUUUGGAGGCGAGCGUGAUCGUGAGCAAAAAGUUUGUUUAGCACGCUCUGGCAGCUUUAUGUCAUCUUCAAUUAAUCCAGCUGCUGCUGGACAUCAUAGUAAAUCGUACCGCAAAUCAAGUGGUGAUACUAAUGGUGGAGCUGCAAGUGAUGAUUCAAUGCAUGAAAAAUAUUUUAAAUCUGUUGAAAAUACGCCACUAUCAAGACGACGGCAUACAACUACUGCAAAAGGUAGUGGAGGCGGUAGUGUUUUUGUUGGAGGUAGUAGUGUUAGCACAAAUGGUAGUGGGAAUCACAAAAAACACUCAAGUGACUCAAGUCCACAAAGUCCUAUCAGUCCACAUGUUAAAACAAAGCCUGCACAAUCUUCUAAUAAUGUCAUAAAUAGUCAUAUAUCAUUUGCUGCGCCUGCUCAUUCUCCUGGGCAUUCCUCUAGUUCAGCUGGUCCUACAAUAGCUUCUAGUCAAAGACAUUUUAAUGAAGAAACUCCUUGCAGUUUGGAUUUGUUAAAUUUGGAUAAAAUCUCUAUAAAUAAACCAACUUCACCACACUUAAGCGAUGUGGUAGUUGUUUCGUCUUCACCAAAUAAUAUUACAUCUCUCAAAAAUUUUCCCUCAUCUGAUAACAUUGGAAUGCUUACACAUUCAUCUCGAGGAUCUAAUGAUUCACGUGGAAAACAUAAAUCAUCCCUAUCUAGAGCGCAAACGCACAACCAGGAUAUACGUGCUAUGAGGCACAAUACAUCAAGUUUGGAUAAACAUAAUCGGCAUUCAAAUGAACAUUACUAUGAUAACAAUAAGCGCGAUAGACGUGAAUCACGUAAGGGAAAACACAAACAUAAUCAACAUUUAAAUGUAGAUAAUAGCGAUGUAGAAUACGAUAAUGGCAACAUAUCUCCAUUAUACAGCAAUUGGGAUCAGGAAAUGCAAGAGCAUUUACUUCCACUUAAGCAUUAUAUCAUCGAGCAAGCUAAACUCUCUGGUCGUUACGUAUUUGGAGAUCCUAUUGAUUCUGACUCAUACCAUUCAGAUACACAAUCAGAGCAUUCAUUAUCUGGACAUGAACCAGAUAACGAAGACUCAGAUGGUUGCUCCGAUACACAUGGUGGUUAUUUAGAACACAAUUAUGGCAUGAUCGAAGAUUAUGCAAAUAUGGGAGAUAGUGUUUCAUACUAUGGGUAUCAGUAUCCUCCAUAUGAUCCAACAGGGCGUGAAGACAUUUCUGAAAAUGUGGAGGCUGUUCUUGAAGGUAUAGGCAGUGGUAACGAUUUACCACUCAAACCAAAGCAAGGUUAUCAAAUCUCUUAUGAUAAAACAAAUAUAUCACAAGCGCCAUCAUCUCCAUUAAAUAAUCACACACAACUAUAUUCAAAUACUCCACCAUUUCUUCACAAUCAGCCGCAACCUCCACCACAUCAACAACUACACCAGGAAACAGAUAAUAAACAAAAACAAUCGCAAACGCUGCCAUCUCCAAAUCGACAGAUUUCACGCAUUGCACAAUCUGCUGUUGAUGGUGUGAAUAUGCAACAUUAUCACAGAGAUGAUACAAAUACCAGUGCUUCUAUAGCGUCUAGUAUGUCUCGUAAUAAAUAUCCACCGCCUUCACUAAAACCAACCAUACAACAAAUAUUUCCUCCAACAGAACGUGUACCACAAGGUCUAGGUGGUAUACCAACACUGGCAUGUAUGAAAGAAUGUGAUAUUGAAAAAUUUGCUGCUGAUAAUUUGAAUUUACACUCAAAGGGUAUUUUUCGAAAAAAGUCUUCCGUACGCGAUAUGUUAAGUUGGACUGCGGAGGCCAUAAGUCGUCCAAUGUUGGCAUUAUCGCGGGAUAAAGCUGAAAAAAAAAUUGCAAUUGAAUUGUUCAAAUUAGUGCAAAUCUAUAUGGCCGAUCGAAAGGCGCGUGCCGGUAUGAGUUUGAAUUCUGUUGCAAUUGAUAUAAUCGUAUCAUCUUUACCGCAACAACAAUUACGUGAUGAAUUAUAUGUGCAGCUUUGUCGUCAAACAACAGAAAACCCGAAACGGGAAUCAUUAAUACGUGGUUGGGAAUUAAUGGCUAUUUGUUUGUCUUUUGUUCCACCAUCACCGACUUUUCAACCAACUUUACUCAACUAUGUGAAUCGCCAUCGGGAUCCAUCGUUUGCAACGUCUUUUCCAGAAGUGGGAAAGUGGCCAAUACAUGUGCAAAUUUCUCAUUACGCUACUGUUUGCUGCCGACGUUUAGAACGAAUUGGCAGUAAUGGUAGACGACAAGCCAAAAAGCCAACAGAAGAUGAAGUAGAGCAAGCGAGGAAUCAAAUUCUACGCAACAGUAUGUUUGGUAACACAUUGUCAGAGGUUAUGGAAUUACAAAAAGAUAAAUUUCAAUUUAGAAAAUUGCCUUGGAUACAAACUACUUUAUCUGAACAUGUAUUAUUGCUUAAUGGCAAACAAACUGAAGGUAUAUUUCGAGUUUCAGCUGAUGUGGAUGAAGUAAAUUGCUUGAAAAACCGUUUGGAUCGAUGGGAAGUUCCAGAUUAUAAAAAUACAAUGGUUGAUGCUCAUGCUCCUGCAAGUUUACUUAAAUUAUGGUAUAGGGAAUUAUAUGAUCCUCUUAUUCCUGAUGAAUUAUACGAGGAAUGUGUGAAUACUGAAAACCCUGAUAAAGCUAAGGAGAUUGUAAAUAAGUUGCCAGAAUUAAAUAAAUUAGUUUUAACUUAUUUAAUACAUUUUUUGCAACAAUUUUCGCAUUCGGAUGUUGUGAGUUGUACAAAAAUGGAUUCAUCAAAUCUGGCAAUGGUAUUUGCACCGAAUUGUCUACGUUGUACUUCAGAUGACCCCAAAGUGAUUUUAGAAAAUGCUCGCAAAGAAAUGUCUUUUAUGCGCACACUCAUACAGCACAUGGACACGACAAAUGUGGCUAAUUUAGUUUAAAGUUCAUAAUACAAUUUAUAAUAAUACAGACCCUUUUGUAUUUUUAAAGUAUGCCUCUUAAACUAUUUUAUUGUAGUACAGCAUAAAAGGCGUAUGUACGACAAAUGUGGCUAAUUUAGUUUAAAGUUAAUAAUACAAUAUAUAAUAACAAACCUUUUUGUAUUUUUAAAGUAUGCCUCUUAAACUAUUUUAUUGUGGUACAGUAUAAAAGGCGUAUGAAUGUUACUAGAUACAUGUAAAAAUAUAAAAUAGUUUAAUAUUAAAUUAAAAAAUAAACAAAAUUUUAUUAUAUUUAGUUAUCGGUGAUAUAUAAGUAAAGUAAGUAAAUGAUAUAAAAUACUCAAUAUCCUCAAUCUUAUCCUUUUUCAAUACUAUAAAAGUAUUUCUUAACUAAAUACAAUGUAAACAUAAAAAAUUAUAAUAAUAUGCUUAUUAAUCUAUAAACGUUUAAAAAUAAAAUUGCUAAAAUAUAUAUUGUAUUUACUAACUAUAUUUGUAUAAUGAUAAAUAAACUUAAACCUAUUACGUAUAUUACACAUGUAUGUACAUUAAUUAAUUUUUCUUAUUAAUUCAUUUGCUAUAAUUACUUAACUGAACGACUAUAAAUUAAGAUAAACAGUGAGCAAUAGAAAUCAGUGAGAAAUUAUUUUAAGAACUUGAAAUCUUUGCGAUGCUAAACCUUUUUCUCUUAAAAACCUACUCAUUUUAAUUAAAAACAUUGCAUUACUAACAAAAACGUGCAAGCAU